AUGUGCGGUAUCUUCGGUUACAUCAACUACUUGGUGGAGAAGGACAGGAAGUACAUUGUCGACACACUCAUCAAUGGUCUACAGCGUCUAGAAUACCGUGGCUACGACUCGGCCGGUCUCGCCAUCGAUGGUGACAAGAAGAACGAGGUCUACGCCGUCAAGGAGGUUGGCAAGGUCGCUUCGCUCAAGAAGCUUGUUGAUGAGCAGAACUUCGACCUCAACAAGGUCUUCGACUCGCACGCCGGCAUUGCCCACACGCGAUGGGCCACCCACGGCCCCCCUUCGCGUGUCAACUGCCAUCCUCACAGGUCUGACCCCAAUUGGGAGUUCUCCGUCGUACACAAUGGCAUCAUCACAAACUACAAAGAACUCAAGACGCUGCUUGAGAGCAAGGGCUUCAAGUUCGAGACCGAGACCGACACCGAGGCUAUUGCAAAGCUCACAAAGUACAUCUGGAGCGAACACCCCGACCUGAGCUUCCCCUCGCUUGUCAAGGCUGUCAUCAAGGAACUCCAGGGUGCCUUUGGUCUGCUCCUCAAGUCGGUUCACUACCCCCAUGAGGUUGUGGCUGCCCGCAAGGGUUCGCCCCUUGUCAUUGGUGUGCGGACACAGAAGAAGAUGAAGGUCGACUUUGUUGAUGUCGAGUACAACGAUGAGGGUGCAGCUCUCCCCGCCGAGAGCGCGUCACACAACGUUGCGCUAAAGAAGUCCAACAACCUCCUUGCUCCUCCGGACAAAUCGCUCCUCCACCGAUCGCAAUCGCGAGCCUUCCUCUCGGACGACGGCGUUCCCAUGCCCACCGAAUUCUUCCUCUCGUCCGACCCCUCUUCUAUUGUUGAGCACACCAAGAAGGUCCUGUACCUCGAGGACGAUGACAUUGCACACAUCCACGAGGGAUCGCUGAACAUCCACCGUCUGCACAAGGACGAUGGCUCUUCCAACGUCCGAACCAUCCAGACGCUUGAGAUCCAGCUCCAGGAAAUCAUGAAGGGCCGCUUCGACCACUUCAUGCAGAAGGAAAUCUUCGAGCAGCCAGAGUCGGUUGUCAACGCUAUGCGUGGUCGUCUCGAUGCUGUCAACAAGACGGUCACUCUUGGUGGUCUUCGCCAAUACCUAUCUACCAUUAGGCGAUGCAGGAGGAUCAUCUUCAUUGCUUGCGGUACUUCGUACCACUCGUGCAUGGCUGUCCGUGGUGUCUUCGAAGAGCUUACCGAGAUCCCCAUUGCUGUUGAGCUGGCCUCUGAUUUCCUGGACCGCCAAGCACCCGUCUUCCGUGACGACACGUGUGUCUUCGUCUCGCAAUCCGGUGAGACUGCCGACUCCCUAGGUGCUCUUCGCUACUGCCUGGAGCGCGGUGCCCUGACGGUCGGUAUUGUCAACACGGUCGGUUCCUCCAUCUCUCUCCUCACCCACUGCGGUGUUCACAUCAACGCCGGUCCUGAGAUUGGUGUUGCCUCGACCAAGGCAUACACGUCGCAGUUUGUCUGUAUGGUCAUGUUCGCGCUGUCCCUCAGCGAGGACCGUGCUUCCAAGCAGAAGAGGCGCGAAGAGAUCAUCGAGGGUCUUACCAGGAUCUCGGACCAGUUCAAGGAGGUGCUUAAGCUUGACCAGCCCAUCAAGAAGCUCUGCGAGAGGUUCAAGAACCAGAAGUCUCUCCUGCUUCUCGGUCGUGGCUCUCAGCACGCCACUGCGCUCGAGGGUGCUUUGAAGAUCAAGGAAAUCUCGUACCUACAUUGCGAGGCUGUCAUGUCGGGAGAGCUCAAGCAUGGUGUCCUGGCCCUGGUCGACGAAAACCUCCCCAUUGUCAUGAUCCUCACCCGCGACGACAUCUUUGCCAAGUCGCUCAACGCAUACCAGCAGGUUAUUGCCCGUAGCGGCCGGCCGAUCAUCAUCUGCAACGAGGACGACCCGGAGUUCCCUACGGACAAGACUGACAAGAUUGAGGUGCCCAAGAACGUUGAUGUUCUGCAGGGUCUUAUCAACGUUGUCCCUCUGCAACUCAUGUCAUACUGGAUGGCCGUUGCCGAGGGCGUCAAUGUCGAUAUGCCUCGCAACCUUGCCAAGUCGGUUACGGUCGAAUAGGCCAUGUUUUUAACCAAGGUCCUCUCUGGGAUAGAGACGCUGGAUAUGAUUUGGCCUUGACCCCAUUUGAGAUUUAUGAUUGAACUCUUGGAUGUGGCUUUAUGUAUGGCACUUUACGAUAUUUAAGACUAGAGCGACAUAGCUACUGGCCUUUUUGGAAUGAACAAAAUCUUCUCUUCA